GCCGCCGCCGCUCGCCAUGGGCAAGGACCAGGAGCUGAUGCAGGCGGUGAAGGCGGAGGACGUCGGCGCGGUGCAGAAGCUGCUGCAGAGGCCCAAGCCGGGCAAAGCCAAGCUCCUCGGAUCCACCAAACGGGUGAACGUGAACUUCCAGGAUACAGAUGGGUUCUCCGCCUUGCAUCAUGCUGCCCUCAACGGCAACACGGAGCUCAUUGUGUUGCUCCUGGAAGCCCAGGCUGCGGUGGAUAUCAAGGACAACAAAGGGAUGCGCCCUUUACACUACGCUGCCUGGCAAGGAAAGAAAGAGCCCAUGAAGCUGGUGCUGAAGGCCGGCUCCUCGGUCAACAUCGCGUCGGACGAGGGACAGAUCCCUUUGCACUUGGCGGCUCAGCACGGACACUAUGACGUGUCAGAAAUGCUCCUCCAGCACCAGUCCAACCCCUGCAUACUGGACAACAGUGGGAAGACUCCUCUGGACCUGGCCUGCGAGUUUGGCCGCGUUGGGGUGGUGCAGCUGCUUCUGAACAGCAACAUGUGUGCAGCCCUGUUGGAGCCCAAGCCGGGGGACAUCACUGACCCAAACGGGACCAGCCCGCUGCACCUGGCUGCCAAGAAUGGGCACAUUGACGUCAUCAGGCUUUUGCUCCAGGCCGGCAUAGACAUUAACCGUCAGACGAAGGCAGGAACCGCCUUGCAUGAAGCAGCUCUAUGUGGCAAGACCGAUGUAGUGCGCCUCCUCCUGGAUAGCGGGAUCAAUGCCCACAUCCGGAAUACCUACAGCCAGACCGCCCUGGACAUUGUCCACCAGUUCACGGCCACGCAAGCCAGCAAGGAGAUCAAGCAAAUGCUGCGAGACGCUUCGGCCGCCCUGCAGGUCAGGGCCAUGAAAGAUUAUUGCAACAACUAUGACCUGACCAGCCUCAAUGUGAAAGCCGGGGACAUCAUCACGGUCCUGGAGCAACAUGCCGACGGACGGUGGAAAGGCUGCAUUCACGACAACAGGACAGGCAACGACCGCGUGGGAUACUUCCCGUCCACCCUGGUCGAAGCCAUCAGUAAACGCACAGGUCCGUGGGAUGCAGACCCUUCCCCAGGGCAGUAUCAAGCCAUCUCCCUCCCAGCUGGGGGGGCUGCCCUGCCCAACGGCCUCCCUGCUUCCUCCUCCUCCUCCUCCUCCUCCUCCUCUCCCCCCCUCCAUCAGCUCCAUUGCCUGCCUCCGCCUCCAAUGCUUCCCCAUCAGCCUCUUUUCAGUUCCUUCGGCUACCGCCGGCUCGCCCAUGGCGGUGCGGAAAGGCCUUGCGCCAAUCCAGGCUCCCGGGGGUCGGAUGCCAGCCCGUCCCACUUGUCCCCAGGCAGCUCUGCAACAACGCCAGCCCCCGCAGAAGAAAUCUGGGUGCUCCGGAAACCCUUCGCAGGAGGCGACCGCAGCAGCGUGGGCAGCACUGGAAGCAUCACCAGUGGACGGAGCUCGGGCAGCGGCCAGAGCACUGGAAGCGGAGGCCAUGGGGCCCUUCACCCCGGUUCAGAAGGCGUGAAGCUGCUGGCAACUGUCCUUUCCCAGAAGGCGUCUGUGCAAGAAUCUGCUGUGAGCGACGGGCCUGCCAAGGCGGUGGAGACACCCGCAGGUUCUUCCAGGACCCCAGGAUUGGGCAGCGCACCGUACCCCAGCCAGUCAUAUGGGGAGCAGCAGGUCAAGAAGGUGGAGCCGCAGUCCGAGGGGAAGAGCUCAGAGGCCGUCUACCAGUGGCUGUACAAGUUUCAGCUGCAACUCUACGCCUCCAACUUCAUCAACGCUGGUUAUGACAUUCCCACGAUCAGCCGGAUGACCCCCGAGGACCUGACGGCCAUUGGGGUUACCAAGCCGGGACACCGAAAGAAGAUCGCCUCUGAGAUCAACAACCUGAACAUUCCCGAGUGGCUUCCAGAAUACAAGCCGGCAAAUCUGGCUCUCUGGCUCUCCAUGAUUGGUCUGGCACAGUAUUACAAAGUCUUGGUAGAAAAUGGCUACGAGAACAUCGAUUUUAUUACCGAUAUCACUUGGGAGGAUCUGCAGGAGAUCGGCAUCAUCAAACUGGGCCACCAGAAGAAACUGAUGCUAGCUGUGAAAAAGUUGGCAGAGAUCCAGAAAGCUGAAUACAUCAAGUAUGAAUCUGGAACACUGAAGAAAAAGGGGGCACCACAGUCACAGGACACGGUGGCCAUAGAGUCUCCUCCGCAGGAAACGGCCGAAUGCCAGUCCCCCAAGAUGUCCACUUUCCAGGACAGUGAGCUGAGCAAUGAACUGCAGGUGGCCAUGACAGGUACCAGCGAAGAGGGCCCCGAGAAACAGGCCAAUCAUGUGACGCACUUCCGGGAUGGAACUGUCUACCGGCACUCCUCCCGCCUCGUCCACGAGAACAGCCUGAGUGGGAGAGCUAAGCUGAUUAGUAGCUCCCAGGAGCUGCUGGGAGAUGGACCCAAAUCUCCUGGCCCUGCAGCAUCCAAAAGCCAGGAGCACCUAGCAGAAGAGGGUAAGGAGCCUCCGGCCACCCUGCCCAAGGAGGUGCGGAGCCUCCGACAUGGCCACAGUAUCAAGAGGGCAAGCGUCCCACCAGUGCCUGGAAAACCCCGGCAAUCCUUCCCUCCAGCUGCAGGCCACUACACCCCUCCACAAACUCCCACUAAGCCCCGCCCAUCCUCUCCUCAGGCUUUCGGGGUGCCCCAUGCCACGGCCAAAGUAAAACCCACGCCACAGUUGCUGCCGCAGACCGACCGACCUAUGUCCCCUCGCUCACUGCCUCAGUCUCCAACGCACCGGGGCUUUGCCUAUGUCUUGCCACAACCUGUGGAGGGAGAGGCUCAAGCUGCGGGCCCCUUGGCUCAAGCUGUGCCGGUCUUGCCCAUUUCCAUCCCGGUGCUGUGCCUGCCACCCCAGACUGCAGAGAGUGAGGAGGAGGCAGGUCGGCCCAAGAAGAGAGCCCACAGUCUGAAUCGCUAUGCAAUGUCUGACAGCGAGCAGGAGCGGGACGAGCUGCUGGUGCCAGAUGCCGGGCCCUACGCCACUGUGCAGCGGAGGGUCGGCCGCAGCCAUUCUGUCCGGGCACAGUCGGGUGCUGACAAGAACGUGAACCGCAGCCAGUCCUUUGCUGUGCGGCCCAAGAAGAAGGGUCCUCCUCCACCACCGCCCAAGCGUUCCAGCUCUGCCAUCUCCAGCAGCAACAUGACAGACGAUUUUAGCAAAGAGGGAGAGGAGGGAGAAGACCUGGACCAGAAGCAACCGAGUGACGGGGGCACUGUGGAGACAGGCAGUGCUGGGAGCGUGAAGAGCAUUGCUGCCAUGUUAGAAAUGUCGUCUAUCGGUGGAGGGGGGCGGGGUCUUGUCCUGCAAAAGGGGGCUGACGGGUACUAUUUGCAGCCUGGUGUGGUUGUACGCUCAGCCAGUCCGGAACAUGCCCGUGUUGCAACUGUUCUGGCCACAGUCAAGCAUAAAGAGGCCAUUGGACCAGACGGAGAGGUGGUGAAUCGCCGACGUACCAUCAGUGGCCCUGUGACUGGUCUUGUGGCAGCCGCUCGCCGUGAACGCUUGGACAGCAUCAAGUCUGACAUGGUCAAAGACAGCGGACCCAUGGAACGGCUGCGGGCAGAGCACAGCGGGAGUGCCCCGCAGAAUGGUUCAGGAGAAAAUAUCCCCUUUGCUGAGGAGGGGAGCCUGACUAUCAAGCAGCGUCCCCGGCAGAUGAGCCUGGCCAAGGCUGAAGGUGGGGAAGGCUUGUCCCUGGGCCAUCGGCACAGCGACCUUUCCAGAGUAGAGGCCAGCGCCACUCUCAAGCGGAGGAUCCGGGCAAAGCAGUAUCAACAGGACAAUGUCAAGUUCAUUCUCACAGAAUCAGAUACUGUGAAGAGGCGGCCAAAGUCGAAAGACAAGGAGCAGGAGCUGGCCCAGCUGUCAGUGUAUCACAAUGGCAUGGGCACCGUCAAGCGCCGGCCGACCUCUGAGAUGAGCAGCCUGGAGGCUGUAGCCCCCACAGAGCAGCAAGAGAGAGGGGGAGGGGCUUUAGGUCAGAUCCCGCGCGAAGAAGCCAAGAAGCCCAUCAAGCCUCCUGUCUCUCCCAAGCCCAUCUUGCCACCAAAAACCUCGGGGCCUUCCACGCCAACCACCAAAAGGGCUCCGAUUCCCGGCCCUGGCAGCCCAGAGGUGAAACGUGUCCAUGGGACCCCACCACCCACAUCUCCAAAGCCUACACCACCGCCAACUGCUCCGAAGCCGAAGGUCCACCCAGUCCUCCAGUCAGUGAGUGCCAGCUGCACACCAGCACCUUCACCGGCCAAGCAGCUCACCCCCACCAUCAAGCCUUCAAGCACACCUCCUUCCCUCUGCUCCAGCCCAGCUAAGCCUUUGUCCCCUGGAGGGCAGUCGCCUCAGACAGUGCCAGUCAAGCCACCUCGCUCCUCCAUGGCUGGGCCCUCAGUGGAGAGCACCGAGAGCGUGCAUCAGAAAUUGGAGGAGACCAGUGCUUCUUUGGCUGCUGCUCUGCAAGCUGUGGAGGAGAAGAUCAAGCAAGAGGACGGACAAGCAGCCGAUUCCACUGCAGAAUCCAAGAGUACCGUCAGCAUCCUGGACGACAUCGGCAGCAUGUUUGAUGAUCUUGCUGACCAGCUAGAUGCCAUGUUGGAAUGAGAGCUGGAGAACAGUCCGGGCCAACCUCAGGAUCUGCCAUGGGCACAAGGGCACAAUCACCUCCAUGAAGAUCUUCCCUCCUCCAUUUUUUGAGGUUUGCACAAAGAAGACAAGGUUACCUCAGGAUUGUGUUGAAACAAACUGAGAUGCUUGAGAAAGGCUUUCCUCGGGACCUGUUUUGCAAAGUGAAGAGAGGAACCACAUUUGGGUUUCUUCUCCCAUCCCUUCCAAACACCCGUUUGACCUUAGAGAUGACAGCAUGACUGCAGUUCUCCUCCUGCAGCGGAGUUGGAGGUCAGGGCGGCCUGGGAUGGGCAGAGCUUCCAUGGCAAUGGGAGAAAGUGAGCUUCGCACUUUCUUCAGCACAGCUUUCCAGGCGAAGCUACUCCAUCCACUCCAAAGUGGCUUGCCCCUCAUAUAUAAGUACGAAUUUCUUUCCCCUCUCUCCAGAUCAGUCCUGAGUUGUUACUGUCCCAAUACACUAUCAAAGUAUGUGGCACAAAAUAAGUAUUAGUCUUCUCCGGUUCUUCAUGUUUUCCGUUUGGGGUGAAAUCUCGUCUUAGCAAUGACUAUUGCCUUCUGUGUUGGGUGUUUCUGGACUGCACACCGUGUUUCCUUCUAUGCCCAGCUCAUGCGCCCAUCUGCCACUGCUGGAGAUGCUGGUAGAGGCAGCCAUGGAAGGCCUGAGGGAACCUGUGAGUUGGGGGAGGGGGAGGGGUGGGGGAACCUUCAGCAAGCUGCAUGCUUCGUUUCUUUGUCCUGAAGGUGUUUGUCUUCUCCUGGUGAUGAUGAAGCUGUGACUGUAAGAAGUUUUGUUUUGUUAACACGUUCCCCUUUGAGAUACAAGCUCUUUUUUCUGUUGGUUUGCCUUGGAAAGCAUCGUUCCUGGCAAAAGCUGUGCAAAAGCUUUGGUAUGUUUGCAUGAUCGAUAAAAGUGUUGAAAUACGAAAAGAAAAAAAAAACUUGGGUGGCGGGUGGGUGGGGGUAAAAGCAUCCUGGCCAAAAUCUCCUUGUACAUAAGCCUACAGGUGGCUUCUGUGGCUGCCAAAGAUGGAUGGCAAAUCUCUCUCUCUCUCUUUAUUUUUUUUUAACCCCUCUCUCGAGGCAGUUCUGAGCACAGGGACUUGUCCUGCACUUUCUAUUGCUCUAAGGCACUUCUGUCCCAAAGAGUUCGCCACUGAUUGAACCGUUUAGCCUUCUUAACCUGCCACGACCGUUGGGAGCACGGCUAGGAGAAGACAUCAUUGACCAGACAAAGGAGCGAUAAACCAUAUCCAUGUUCAGGAAACCGAGGGCGAGGGUGGUUCUGUAUUCCAGUGGAGGUUUAAUGGAAGAAAGGCGUCCUCUCUUGGUAUUAUACACACACAGUUUCGGAAGUGGCAAUCAAAGGAGGCUCAGCCAAGACCAUUGCAACCAUUGGCUAGAAUGUCUUGUGCUCCUGACUCAUGGCUGACACUCGAGCUGCAGCUCUUGUUGCCCUGAUUGAUCCUGGGUACGGGAGGGAUCUUCCAGCAAUCAGUUAGGAAACGGCUUCCUUGGGAGGAGAAUGCUGCCGAGUGCAGCACUGUUUCUUUCUCUCCAGAAAGGGGCAUCUUCCAAGAGGAUCACAAUGUUUGCACACCCAAGGGUUGCUAGUCUGCAACUGUACAAUGUGCGCCAAAGUUUAUUCUUAGGAGCCUUCUCCAUCUUCCAGGUAUGUUGGGGCCAGAACUACUGCUUUCGUUACUCCCCAGGCAGUGUAAGCACCACCACUUGGUAUCGUGGCCAAUUCAUUUUCUAUUUUCAUCCACCGACUUGAGGAUUCUUAGAAUGAGGAAACACCGUAGUGACGGGAGGAACAAAGUGUUCUGUCAAUUCAGAACUGUCUACUGCCCUCAGGUUUCCUUUGCUUUAUUCCACUUGCAAAUUGGAAGGGUCUCGAUAGGGAAAUAGGGAAGACCCUCGGCUGCAAGAGGAAUGCUUGAAUGUUGCAGUUAGGGAAGGACUGGCUCCUACUUCUGACGGAUGAGCUUCUCGGGAUCUCCUGGCUUCUUCAAGUCGCACGGGAAGGCUUGGAUCGCCCUCCAGCCAUGUUCUCAGUGAGUUGCUCCACAUCAGUUUCCCUUGGUCUUCCUUCUUGUGGAAUUUCUAAAACGUCCUGAAGUAAUUUUUUUGUUGCGUUGCAAUGGCAAGAAACAGCAUUUUACAAGGAAAGGUAGAUCGUUUUACUUGAACAAUUUACUGGGUUCUCUAAACCUUGUGCCCACAGGAGCAUUCUCGGUUUUUUAAGGCUUUGGGGCAAGUGUCCAAGAUAUGUUGUCCUUUGUCCAAGGUCAGUGGGAGCAUUCUUCAACCUCUGAUUGCUAUUUCCAAAUGACUCCUUUGCCUACGAAGCUCCAUGGAAGGAAAUUCCCCUAAGUACUCAGAAGGAAUUUUGCCAGUGCCUACUUAUUUUUUGACUCUUAGAAUGCGUUUCUUAAUCUCUAGCCUAAACUGGCUUUUAAAUGUUUUCAGCUGGUUAUAUUUCUCUCCCUCAUGCUGUUUUUGUACUUCAGAAUAACUGUGGCCAUAUUUCAUAAAUCAUGCAUAGGUCCGAAACCAGAGUCACUUGAAUCAUCUUCCUUUCCCACGGAUGAAAGUACCGGGGUGCUAGCUAGUUUAAGGCUCUUUUCCCUGAAUUUCUAUCUUCCGGGAAUGGAGAAUUUACAGGGUGACAAUCUCCAGCUGGGAAUCAACUGAGGUUCUUCGGGAGAUGAGAGGGCUGGGAAAAUGCCCUGACCACCUCUCUUCACUCUCUGCUGCCGUCUGAUUCAUAGGGCAUCUGUUUUGCUCAUGGGAUGGAGCCCUCACUUUUCAUCUCUCCUUCCUCUUAUCUGGUGUAGCUCUCAACUCUCCCUUGCUGCUGGCUUCUCGGUUUCCUGUACAUUUCACUUCACGGUGUUUUGGUUUUUGCUUUAUCAAAUCACCUGGCAAUAAAGGAAAACAAAAACAAGAGCUACCAUUUUCAGUGAGAACUUGGAGCUUUGUCCUGCAGACUCUUCUCAGACAACAUGGGGUGGGGUGGGGUUCUUGAGCAGGUGGCAUCUCAUGCUCUUAGGGCUGUUUUCAGCCAAACGGAAAAAUACCAGUGAUAGGAACAACACUUAUGUGUGGGGCUACCACAGCUUCCUCUUCUAAUAUCAGUUCCAUCUUCUUGACCGGCAGCCCAACCUCCAACAUGGGACCCCUGGUUCUUCACUCAUGUGAUCAUGACAUGCUGGGUUCCUUCCUGUUUUGUCUAUUCUUGUCUCUCCAUCUGGCAAAGGAAUCCAGAACAAAGCAGCCAAAAGAAACGGAGGCCAUCUCCCUUCGGCUUGCUACACUUCCCACUCAUGGAUUUCAACCCAUGGGCUUGGAGUAAGAUCUCAGGAGAACUCUUUGUCAUCUUCUGGUAGAGCUACCUUUUUUGAGAGACGUCAUGGAGCUUUUUUUUCACCUUAAAAGAGUAGCGUUGAGUUGUGGUGCUGUUUCUUUUAUUAUUUCACUGGUAGAACUCUCCUCUUGAGACAGUCGUGUUAGGAAUGUUCUGAUGUGUGCAGAGAAUCACACAGCUUUUCCUUUGGAAGGUGAUGAAAGGGAUGAAGAAAAAAAAAGCUAUAUAAAAAAAGUAUUUAUUGGAAAAAAAAAAACUAUUUAAGUGGAGUUUCCCCCAGAGAUAAAUAACAAAAGAAGGAAAGGAGUUUAAUAUAUAUAUAAAAAAAGAUUUUAAAAUAUUAUCAAUUGUAUAUUGAACAGUUUUAAAAUAUAAGAUUGAAAGAACUGGAGUUUAGCUUGACUAUUAGACUUAUAAUAAGCUGUUUUGUCUUGUGAGGUCAUUUUAAAAAAAGUAGCACAAUGUUUAAAAAGGUAGUUUAUCUUUUUUUUUUUCAAAGCGUGCAAAACAUUAUGUUAUAUGGAUUUUUUUUUGCCAUUUUCUUUUUACAGUUUUAUUGAAAAUCAAAGGAUGUGCCUUGUUUUAAGAAGUUUUGUUUAAUCUUACCUGAAAAGUGUGCAUUCUUUUGUGUCUUUUUUAAGUUGGAUGUACGUUUAUAUGCGCCUGUGUAAGUAUGCGAGUGUGUGUUGAAGUGCAUGCGUGUGGAAAUCACUAACGUAUGCCCAGCUGUAUACAAAUAUACAAAUGGGGGUCACGUCCAGUUUAAAUACGGCUGUUAAGCCUGAAACACCCUAUCUGGUUCCCUUGAGCUUUGGUUAUGGAGAGCUAGAAUUGCCGUGUGAAUGCUGUUCCUGUUUCUUUUCUUGAGUAUGGAUAGUCUUUGCUGAUAUCCAAAAUGUGUCUGGCACAACUUUGAAAUUUCUUAAUUAAAAACAAAAAUAAAAAGGCAACAUAACAAUA